GCGGAGCCUGGGGGCCAGCGACUUAUGUCCAGCGGUUAUGUGAUAGCAGCACCUGGUCCAGAAGGAAACACGAGCCGAGACCCCAGCACCCUGUCCGACGGUGCAGUUAUCUAUGGCAGAAACAAAUGGUACAGCAGGCAUGGAGGCCACCAGGAGACGUACUCAGCCCAGUGCCAAUGGGAAAACAUCUGAACAGAGUGAGGAGCCAGCACAGUGGGGAAGAGCAUGGGAGGUGGACUGGUUUUCCCUGAUCUCCGUGAUAGGCCUCCUGUGCUUUGCCCCUUUCAUUGUCUUCUACUUUGUGAUGGCCUGUGAUCAGUACCAGUGCUCCAUCAGCCAGCCUCUGUUUGAGUUGCUUCGAGGAGAGACCUCAUUGCUCUCCAUCUGGGCCCGGACAGCCUCCUUCACCUGGUCAGCUGCCAAAAUAUACGCCAUCUGGGUGGCCUUCCAGGCGUUCCUGUAUAUGUGUGUUCCUGACAUCACUCAUAAGUUUAUUCCUGGCUAUGUUGGUGGGGUGCAGGACGGAGCACUAACCCCUGCUGGCCUUGUUAACAAGUACCAGAUCAAUGGACUGCAGUGUUGGCUCAUCACUCAUGCUCUGUGGUAUGCCAAUGCCAACUUUUUCCACUGGUUUUCCCCCACCAUCAUCUUCGACAACUGGAUCCCCCUGAUGUGGUGUGCUAACAUACUGGGCUAUGCUGUUGCCACCUUUGCGUUCAUAAAGGCUUACCUUUUCCCCACAAACUCUGAAGACUGCAAGUUCACAGGGAACCUCUUCUAUGACUACAUGAUGGGCAUUGAGUUCAACCCACGGAUUGGCGAGUGGUUUGAUUUCAAACUUUUCUUCAACGGUCGGCCUGGCAUCGUAGCCUGGACGCUAAUCAACCUGUCUUACAUGGCCAAGCAACAGGAACUGUACGGCCAUGUCACCAACUCCAUGAUCCUGGUCAACGUACUGCAGGCCAUUUAUGUGUUGGAUUUUUUCUGGAAUGAGGCCUGGUACCUGAAGACCAUUGAUAUUUGCCAUGACCACUUUGGAUGGUAUCUAGGCUGGGGUGACUGUGUCUGGCUGCCCUACCUCUACACACUGCAGGGUCUGUAUCUGGUGUACCACCCAGUCCAGCUUUCAGAUGCCCAUGCCCUGGCUGUCCUCUUGUUUGGCCUUGUUGGUUACUAUAUCUUCCGAUCCACUAACCACCAGAAGGACCUGUUCCGCCGUACUGAGGGCUCCUGCUCAAUCUGGGGCCGCAAACCAACGUUCAUCGAGUGCUUGUAUCGCUCAGCUGACGGUGUCGUCCACCGCAGCAAGCUCAUGACCUCAGGUUUCUGGGGAGUGGCCCGCCAUCUCAAUUAUACUGGUGACCUGAUGGGGUCACUGGCCUACUGUGCCGCCUGUGGCUUUGGCCACAUGCUUCCAUACUUUUACAUAGUUUACAUGACCAUCCUGUUGGUGCACCGCUGUGUGCGUGAUGAACACCGUUGCAGCAGCAAGUAUGGCAAGGACUGGAAACGCUACACGGACGCGGUGCCUUACCGGCUAAUUCCUGGGGUUUUUUAGUGAACAGUGGGAUGAAGGAGGGAGAGAGAAGGUGAGGGUUAGGAUUAUGAUCGAUACUGACAUUAUGAAAUUGGAUUGCGAAUAGCAAGAUAAACAUAAGUAUACAUAUAGACUGCUGCACACACAUUUCUAUACAUUUUAUUGUAUUUUUUUCAGCCUCAGUAAAGGCAGUCAGAUACACCAGUCUGCUGCUUUCUGCUGUGACCUGUUUUUUUUUUUAAAUGUACAAUAUAUCCUAUAUUGUAUGUUACAUGACUGUACAGAUUUGUACAUUGGAGAGACAAAACAACCUCUCUAUAAAUGAAUGGCAGAAGAACACAGGAGGGCUUACUCCUCAGGUCAAGAGUCUGCUUUCCACUUAGAUCUGAAGGAGAAGAAUCAUUCCUUUGAGGACAACAAUGUAAACAUAUUGGCAUGAAAAGACAGAAGGUUUGGAAGAGCAGUAAAAGAAUCCAUCUAAGCCAUGCUGGAACAACCGUCUGUCGCAUAUGAAAGUACUCACCCACCAACAAUGCAGUACUGAGUUCUCCCCCCAGACAACUUAAUAACCAUCCACACUAGGCUCACCUAGCUCCAGCAACCCACAUGACGGCCGGUUAAGUGAACAACCCACAAGAAUGCCCCUAACGACUCUGAAACUCAGGGCUUAUACGUGUCCUUAACAACUCUGUAAGGACACUCCCACACAGAGUUUAAAAGUCUGCACAUCUCUUCCAGUGAGUUACAACUGAAGAAGCCUGAGAGGUGAAAUGUUUUCACGAAACUGAAACAGGACCAGUUUCCUAUGAUACAGCACUUAAAAUUAAAAGAGCACAACUCGGGGCACCUCACUUCUGCAGUGGACUGCUCUCUUUGACUGUUCCACACAACACUGUGACAUUCUCAUACCAAGCUAUGUAUGAGUAAUCCUGUAAAUUCAUUGGUCAGUUUGUUAAAAAGAAAAAAAAAGAAAGAAAGAAAAAUGCUAGUGAGUUAGUUUGAUAAUCAUUUAUCAAGAAAAUACAAAAACAUGGCUGGCUUCUCAUUUCUCAGUUUUCCCAGUGAGAAUGGUUUGUCUUUAUAACUUAAAUACUUGUGGGAGUUUGUGUCACUUAGCACUCAGUCAUCCUAUGAUGGGGCCUAUUCAUUGUUUGGGUCAUUUAUAAACGUAAUCAGUAAUUAUGAAUAUAAAUUGGAUAGAUUUAUUCAUCAAUAUAUUCUAUAAUAUUUUGUUGCUGCCCCACUGGCUUAAUAGACAAAAUGUAAUUACAUGGUCCACUGAAGAGACCAAUGGCAUAGAAAGUUAGGAUGUCUUUGUAUAAAGUUAUUUGAGGUUUAUCAUAUCGGGCUUAAUAAGACUCAGUACAAUAAGGAAAUCCUUAGUUGUUGGUGUGGAUUUCCCUUGUUGUGGUUGAGAACUUUAACAGCAACAGCACUUUCAGAUUUUCUUGUUUACUAAGCUAGUUGGAUCAUUAUUGAUCAUUGCUUUGUGUUCAACCAACAUGUAGAUUAAAAGGUAGUAAUGUUUGAGCUAUUGAUAGAAGAGUUUUUUUUUUUUUCUGUCAGUGAUGACAUUUGUUUUGUUGUUGUUUUGUUUUUCCUCAUACCAGCACUGCCUUUUCUAAAGUCACAAAAUAAAUCCAUUCUGCAUUUUC